UGCGAUACGUACGCCUAGUGUACAUCUCUGUGCAGGUGAUCGAACACCGUCGGAUCGUACCAUAGAGAAGAGACCUCAGCACUCGAGUUUUGAUUAGUGUGACAGCUAUGCGAUUCACUCCUUACAUCGUCCUUGCGCCAACUGCAGCAGUCGCCUUCGCUCAACUCUUUGAUCCUCUGCAUCGAACCGCUUCUGAUAUCAAGCAACAAGCACAGUCGCAGUCGGUCAACCACGCGCAAAUACCACUCGCAAAGCCUGCCGGAGGACUCGGCCCAGCCAUGCCGCCUUCCGGAGCGCCCCAAGCAGACGGCCCCGCGAACGCAGGGGGUGGCAGCUCUGUCAUGCUUUCGGAUGUUAUGGGUCGAGAUAAGAGCAUAAAUCUUUUUGCAGGAUUCCUUAGGGGCAUCGAGUCUCCAUCGCAGCGUCUAGACGAUCCGGCCAGGAAUACGACUGUCCUCGCGCCCCUCAACUCGGCGAUAGAAAACCUUCCACGGAAGCCAUGGGAAGACCCGAGAGACUACAGCGCUUUGGGCGCAAAUGCAUAUGAAGGCGACGAUGGACAGGGGAGAGCGCAGCGCAACCUGCGCAGGUUUGUCGAGGCUCAUUUGAUUCCAACCAGCCCAUGGCCGGCGGGGGAGAAGAUCAAGCCGGUGAGCGGUGAUACGGAGGUCUGGUGGGAGGAGAAAGACGGUGUGAAACGUAUCCAACCUGGAGACAUCGAGGUUCUUAGUGUAGGUAGCAGUGUCGUCAAUGGCGAAGUGUGGAUCUUGAAAGGCGUUCGGAAUGCCUCCUGAAAGGAGUUGACGACGGAGGUUAGGACGAGGGAAGCUUUCGGGUCUGAAUCAGAGCAUGGUACUGAACCCUGGAAUAUCAUCAACGGGUGGGAAGUCUGAUGAUGAAAUUGACUCGGUCACAUAGCAAGCAAUGAAUAUCUUGGUUUUCAGUGAU